AUGGCCACCCCAGCUGGUCGCACGCUGUUCAAAAAGAAAGAUGGCAUUCUCACCUUGACUGCUGAUCAUCAAACCGUCACAUGGACACCGAAUAGUGGUGGCCCGCCAACAAUUUCUUUGCCAGUCUCCAGCAUUACUAAUCUUCAGCAGACCCCUGAAACCGCUGCCAAGGUCAUGCUGAAAAUAUUUGAGAAGGCAGACAAUGGAGCCGACCCCGCGACAUAUCUCUUUCAUUUCAAUACUUCCGAAGCUAAGUCGGAAGCUAAGGCUGUCAAAGAUGUCCUGUCCAAAAUUUUGGCGGAUAUGAGGAGUAACGAUGCUGGCGUCCCUCGACCAAGUGUUGGAACAACCACCAGCGGGAGCAUCUCUACUCCUGCUGGUGUAGGUAGUGGAUCUGCAGCCAUGGCAUUUGCCAGCGCGGUGAACUCGCAACCCCCGUCAUCAACUCGGUGGUUUGAUGAGACGCAGUUAAAGAAUGAUAUAGAGCUCCAACAGUCCCUGAUGAAAAAGGACAAGAGUCUCCACCAAACAUAUAUGGAAGCCAUAACGACAAAACCUGAAUCAAUAUCUGGCGCCGCUUUCAACUCACAGUUUUGGUCUACACGCACGAACUUGCUCAGAGCUCACGCCAUCGAAAUUAAUCAGAAGAAGGGCGCCUACAACGUCCUCUCAACGGUCAAACCGCGCACAGUUGAUGGAGAAUUGAAACUGAAUAUCAGCGUCGAGCAAGUUCAAAUGAUUUUUGCCCAGCAUCCACUGGUGAAACGAAUAUACAACGAGAAUGUACCGAAGCUUUCCGAGGCAGAUUUUUGGUCUCGAUUCUUCCUAAGUCGUCUGUCAAAGAAGCUUCGGGGAGAGCGAGUAACGGAAAACGACGCCCAGGAUCCUCUUUUUGACAAAUAUGAUGCCUCCGAGAAUACACAAGGCGUUCAAAGCAAGAUCAUGUCGCAGAGUGUUCCUCACAUCAUCGAUUUAGAGGGUAAUGAAGAAAACCAGGGAGGCUUCAAAGGUGGUAAUGCUAAGGAUGUAGAAAUGCGGCCUAGGUCAAAUAUACCUAUCGUGAAGACAUUGAACAGUCUGAGCGAGAAGAUUAUGGCCAAUGUCGCACCCUCGGAUGUGUAUGACAAUGAUGCCCAUGCGGAACGGGACGCAUUCAGCGAACUUGCUCUGAGGGAUUUGCGUGGUGACAACGCCGAGCGACGCAUCAUGCUCAAUGUGAAAGAGCAGAACAAAUUUUUUUCAAAGCAAGACGCAUCUCCAUCAGAAAAUGCCCGCAUUUUUGCGACGCAACGGCCACAAGAAGUUUUAUCCAAGAUUCGGAGUGCCCUGAGACAGUUCGAAGAAGACUCUAGUGAUGGCGCUAGCUUGCAAGCCGCCAUCGCUUUUGAGGACGAAAGCGAUAGCGAUGAUGAGGAUAAGAAGCACGUUCAAGUGGGAUCUCGUGCCGCGAUCAAAGCCGCCGAAAUGGAGGUCAUGGAUGGAGUUCUUCAGCAGCGAGCACAAAAGUAUGGUCACAGCACGGAUGCAACAUCUCCAAUGGGACUACCAUCUUCCAUCACAGAGAAAUGCUCGCUCACUCACGCGACAAGUAUUGAAUUUCUUCAUCAGUUCUGGACUGCGUUUCUCUCUGGUGAUCCUGACCGUGCUGCCGAACUUCAAUAUCUAGCCGAGUCUCUCAAACGAUCAGUUGCCCGCAUUACCGCGGUUGCCGAAGACGCCGAUAAAGAGCGAGAGAGUAUCAUUCGUAAACGCAAACAGGAAAUUCGCGACCAUUUCGAGCGUACGGGCAAAAAAAUCAGAUGGAAAUCAGAUAUGGUUGGAGGUGGACGAGACGCCGUCCUCAAACUGAUGCAACCGGUGCUCCACGCUCUGGACAAAGCACAAGCUGAUUACUCCAGAGCGCUGGCAGCCGAGGGAAUACAAAUAUCAACCGAGGGUUAA